AUGUCGGGCCGCGGCAAGACAGGCGGUAAGGCCCGGGCCAAGGCCAAGUCGCGCUCGUCGCGAGCGGGCCUCCAGUUCCCCGUGGGCCGCGUGCACCGGCUAUUGCGGAAGGGACACUACGCCGAGCGGGUGGGCGCCGGCGCGCCGGUCUAUCUGGCGGCGGUGCUCGAGUACCUCACAGCCGAGAUCCUGGAGCUGGCGGGCAACGCGGCCCGCGACAACAAGAAGACGCGGAUCAUCCCCCGCCACCUGCAGCUGGCCAUCCGCAACGACGAGGAGCUCAACAAGCUGCUGGGCGGCGUGACGAUCGCCCAGGGAGGUGUCCUGCCCAACAUCCAGGCCGUACUGCUGCCCAAGAAGACCAGCGCCGCCGUGGGGCCGAAGGCGCCCGCGGGCGGCAAGAAGGCCACCCAGGCCUCGCAAGAGUACUGA